UGGGAGUUAAAAUUGCAGCCCUUUGCUGCUUAGCUUUUCAUCCCCUGCUGGCCCUUCUAGAUUUAUUUUCGUUUUAACUUCAGGAUGGUUUCAUAAGGCAGAAAAGAGACUGCAGUGCUUGCUCCUUUUUGGCAAGGAUGCUGGCUGGGAAUUCAUCUGCUUUGUUGGAUUGCAGCAAAACCUAUUUGUGAAAGCUACAGCACGCUAGUCUGAAAGAGGUUUUAUGGACUGGCUGCUUGGGUCCUCUUGAAAGGGGAAGUGAAUAAUCCAGUGAAGCCCUCUAAGAAACCCAGGAGAAAUCAUGGUUUGCACAAAUAAGCUUACAGAGCCAAAAGGACUUUAGAAGAGUCUCUGCGGAAAGAUAAAAAUAACAAUGUGGUUAUGAUAUUUAAAAUCUAUGAUGCCUCCUGCCAUGGCAGAUACCCUGGACAUCUGGGCAGUAGAUUCACAGAUAGCAGCGGAUAGCUCAAUAUCUGUGGAUUGCCUGCUUCCCACUGGAAUUUACAUCAGUUUAGAUGUCCCUCGUGAUGCCACUAUUUGUCAUAUCAAACAGCUGUUAUGGAAGCAAGCACACAGCUACCCUCUGUUUCAUCUUCUUAUGGAGAUCGACUCCUAUAUGUUUUCCUGUGUGAACCAAACAGCAGUACGCGAGGAACUGGAGGAUGAGACCCGGAGGCUUUGUGAUGUUAGACCAUUUCUUCCUGUUCUUCAACUAAUUACAAGAAGCUGUGACCCAGGGGAAAAAUUGGAUUCUAAAAUAGGUGUCCUUAUAGGAAAAGGCCUCCAUGAGUUUGAUGCCCUACAAGACCCAGAAGUUAAAGAAUUCCGGAUAAAGAUGCGACGAAUCAGUGAAGAGAAGAUGCAAUCACUUGUGAGGUUGUCUUGGAUGGACUGGUUAAAGCACACUUAUCCACCAGAAUUGGAACCAGCAGUUCAGGAAAACCUCCAGGAUAAGCUUUAUGGUGGCAAUCUAGUUGUGGCUGUUCAUUUUGAUAACUGUCAGGAUGUGUUUAGUUUUCAGGUUUUACCUAAUAUUAACCCCAUCAAAUUAAAUGAGCUGGCAAUUCGAAAACGUUUAACUAUCCAUGGAGGGGAAGAUGAAGAAAUUGAUCCUUCUAACUAUGUGCUUCAAGUUAGUGGAAGGCUGGAAUAUGUCUUUGGAGACCAUCCAUUAAUUCAGUUUCAGUAUCUUCAUCGUUGUGUAAUGAGCAGAACUCUUCCUCAGCUGACUCUUGUUGAGUGCAGCGCCAUUAAAAAAAUGUGCGAACAGGAAAUGAUUGCUAUAGAAGCUGCCAUAAACCGAAAAAGUUCCAGCCUUCCACUUCCUUUACCCCCCAAAAAGUCACGGGUGACACAAAGUGUGUGGGAUAUUAGCCAGCCUUUCAAGAUUCUGCUAGUAAAUGGCAAUAAACUUAACACAGAAGAAACUGCCAAAGUUCAUGUCAGGGCUGGACUCUUCCAUGGAACUGAGCUCCUUUGUAAGCCCAUCGUAAGCUCAGAAAUAUCUGGGAGAAAUGACCAUCUUUGGAAUGAACCCUUGGAAUUCGAUAUUAACGUCUGUGAUUUGCCAAGAAUGGCUAGGCUGUGCUUUGUGGUUUAUGCUGUGAUGGAUAAAAUGAAAAAUAAAAAGCCAGCCAAGUCACUCAAUCCGUCCAAAUACCAGACCAUUCGGAAAGCUGGGAAAGUGCACUAUCCUGUAGCAUGGGUCAAUACUAUGGUCUUUGAUUUUAAAGGCCAAUUUAAAACUGGAGACCUUGUACUGCACGGCUGGUCAUCAUUUCCUGAUGAACUUGAAGAAAUGUUGAACCCUAUGGGAACUGUACAAACAAAUCCAUACACUGAAAAUGCAACCUCUUUGCAGAUAAAAUUUCAAGAGUAUUCAAAAUUUCCUAUUUAUUACCCUCCCUUUGAUAAGAUACUUGAAAAGGCAGCUGAAAUUGCAAGAAGCAGUGAUAGCUCUGGCAUGGCAGGUCGUGGUGGCAAAAAGUUCUACAUUGAAUUAAAGGAGAUCAUGGAAAGGGACCCUUUGUCUCAACUCUGUGAAAAUGAAAUGGAUCUAAUUUGGACUUUACGGUAUGACUGUCGUGAAAAUUUUCCACAAUCUUUACCAAAGUUGUUGCUAUCCGUGAAAUGGAACAAACUUGAAGAUGUCGCUCAGCUUCAAGCUCUUCUUCAAAUAUGGUCCAAACUGCCUCCCAGGGAAGCAUUAGAGUUGUUGGAUUUCAAUUAUCCAGAUCAAUAUGUAAGAGAGUAUGCAGUGAGUUGCUUAAGGCAAAUGAGUGACGAAGAGCUUGCUCAAUAUCUUCUACAGCUUGUGCAAGUACUGAAAUAUGAACCUUUUCUCGACUGUGCCCUAUCUAGGUUCCUGCUAGAAAAAGCUAUGGCAAAUAGAAGGAUAGGACAGAUGCUGUUUUGGCAUUUAAGAUCAGAGGUACAUGUUCCUGCAAUUUCAGUGCAGUUUGGUGUAAUACUUGAAGCAUUUUGCCGUGGAAGCAUUGCUCACAUGAAAGUACUUUCUAAACAGGUAGAAGCACUGAAUAAGAUGAAAACUUUGAAUAAUUUAAUAAAACUGAAUGCCAUGAAGCAAAGCCGAGCUAAAGGAAAAGAAGCAAUGCACGCCUGUUUAAAACAAAGAGCGUACAAAGAAGCCCUUUCUGAUCUCCAAUCCCCUCUGAAUCCUUCUGUUUUACUUUCAGAACUGUAUGUGGAGAAAUGUAAAUACAUGGACUCUAAAAUGAAGCCUUUGUGGAUAGUAUACAAUAACAAAGUAUUUGGUGGCGAUUUGGUGGUGAUCAUCUUUAAAAAUGGAGAUGAUCUACGGCAAGACAUGCUGACGCUUCAGAUGUUACGCCUGAUGGAUUUACUUUGGAAGGAGGCUGGUCUAGAUCUACGAAUGUCGCCUUAUGGUUGUUUAGCAACAGGAGAUCUUUCUGGCUUAAUUGAGGUGGUUUCUAUGUCUGAGACGAUUGCAGACAUUCAACUAAACAGCAGUAAUGUUGCUGCCGCCGCUGCAUUCAAUAAAGAUGCUCUUUUAAACUGGCUCAAAGAAUACAACUCGGGAGAUGACUUGGAUCGGGCCAUUGAAGCAUUUACAUUAUCUUGUGCUGGCUACUGUGUAGCUACUUAUGUGCUGGGCAUAGGAGACAGACAUAGUGACAAUAUCAUGGUCAGGAAAAAUGGUCAGCUCUUUCACAUAGAUUUUGGGCAUAUUCUUGGAAAUUUCAAAUCAAAAUUUGGAAUUAAAAGGGAACGAGUGCCUUUCAUCCUCACCUAUGAUUUUAUUCAUGUCAUUCAGCAAGGGAAAACUGGAAAUACUGAAAAAUUUGGUCGGUUUCGCCAGUGUUGUGAAGAAGCAUACUUGAUUCUGCGAAGACAUGGGAACCUCUUUAUCACCCUCUUUGCACUGAUGUUAACUGCUGGGCUUCCAGAACUAACCUCUGUUAAAGACAUCCAGUAUCUGAAGGAUUCCCUUGCCUUAGGAAAGAAUGAUGAAGACGCACUAAAGCAAUUCAAGCAGAAAUUUGAUGAAGCACUCAGAGAAAGCUGGACCACUAAAGUGAACUGGAUGGCGCACACUGUUCGGAAGGACUACCGAUCCUAGAUGGUUUAUGAAUUUGCACUAAGCUGAAUGUUACCCUGACAAUAUAGUGUUAAAAGGGAGACGACACACCUGAGGAAAUUGCUUGAGCGAUUCCUGAUUAUUUUGCACUCUGCUUUGGCAUGCUUUCAUGAUAUUUUGUAAAAUUAGCAGAUGUCCUCAGUAAUCACUUCUGCUGACUUUGCACGCAGAAAGCUAUUACUAAGCUUUUAUAUUAUUAUUUUGAUACAUUGAGAAACUGUAAAUAUUGGGGAUUUUUUAAAAAAUGUUUGGGCAGCAUACUCUAACAUUAUGUGGAUCGUUAGAGACUUCUUGAACUGAUUGCUGAACAGUGUCAGAGGUUUGGGGAUUCUGUCAUGUCUCUAAAUGAACAUUGUUGUGUGUGUGUAUAUAUAUACAUUUUUACUGUCAUUGACAGAUUUGUUCUACUGGACAUAACUGCCAGAUUAUUGUAUAGCCAAAAGCUGCUUAUUGUCUUGAACUGCUACCAGAAGAACAGAAAUUUCUACAUCAUGGGAAACUAUUUUUAAAAAAACAGAUUAUUUUGUCCAAGUGCUCAGUGUUGAUGUAAAUGUCUUAAAUUUGAUCACAGAGUGGAUUGUCUUUGUGAAUCAUUGAACAUGUUUCAUUUAGAAAAUUUCAUGAAGUUGUCUUGAUGGUUUUCCAGUGAUACCCAUAACUAUUUGUAUGUGUCACAUAAACUGUCUAAUAUGUGUAAAUGGAAAACCUAUGCUUGAACACUUACCAGGCAGCUACAUCGCCAAACAAGAAAAACUGGAUGUUAAAGUCAUGAGAUAUCCAAUUUCAUUUUAAAAUACGCUAUAGUGCAAACAUUUUUUUUAAAUGAAAGGGCUCCAAAUUGGAGUCAGACCUGUUAUUUGCAGUGUCCCUAAAUUCACUGCAGUGAUGUUUGUCUCAUCCAGAUUUGUGUUCAACCUAAGAUUACUGAUGGAGAAAACUGGAUUUGUUCUACUUAUAAAAUAUGGUACCAUAUGUUAAGAUGCUCAAUACAUGAGCAAUUCAAAGUAAAAGUGCAAUAGGAGCUGCUGGCUGAAGUUGUAACAUGAAAUGUUUUGAAACAGUGGCAAGAUGGACGUCUGACUACUGCUUGCUCUCCAAAGAACACUGAUAGUUCUUAGUUUGGAUGAUUGAAUAAAAGUAAUUAUAUAUGAUGUUACUUUGGGAUCAAAUCAAUGAUUUUAAACAUGAAUUGCAUUAAAGACUACUUUGGCUAUUUUGCUUUGUCAAAAGUAUGUGUGAGUGUUUCUAUGGUGGGAAGCUUAUGGCCUUCCAGAGGAUAUUAAGCAGCAUGUCCCAUGUCUCUUAGCCAUCAUAACCAAUGGUGAGGGAUGGGAAUUCUUGUCUGCAAUGUCUGGAGGCCACAUGUCUCCAGUUCUACUGAAAAGUGCACUGUGGAUGGAUGGAUGUAAUUCUCUGUUUGACAUUCUGUCAAGUUGAGGAUCAAUAAUCCAUGAAAAGGUCAAAUGAGAUGGGCAAUAUAUCAUACAUUUGAAUUUGAUAUCUCGCUUGUAUCGCUUGUGUUAUAUUCUACUGGCAUUGCAUUUUGAAGCAUUCUGCCCUUUCAAAACUCAGACCUGUCAAUUUUCAGGUAAUAUUCUGUAAACCUUAUUUUCAGUUGGUGUGUGUUCACUCUCUUUUCUGUACCUCUGUGGACUGUUGCAGCUUUUCAUUGCACUUGAAACUAAUGAAACAGAAAUCAAACUAAUGAGUAAAAUUCGAUUUUUCAUUUGGAA